GACCAACCGUGAGCAUCAUCAUCAGUAUUUAUCAUGGAUAUUCAGCUGGGCACGUGGGAGAGUGCCCGUGCAGCAGCAGUAGGAGCAGGGGAUGCCUCCACGCAGAACGGGAAAGAUGCCUCCACCGCUGUUCAGCGUCCGCGGAUCUUGCCCGUCCUAGCCUCCCUGGCGCCCCUGGCGCCCCUGGUCCCCUCCACCUCGCCCCCCUCCACGGCGCACACUCACUCGCCCAGCACCAGCACCCCCACCCCCACCACCACCGUCCCCCUCCCCGCAUCCCCGGCAGCGGAUCGCCCUUCAUGGGCCGCCGGGGCCUGCAGGUGGGCCUCAGCCGUGCUGCCAACGCCAGCAGCAGCGUCAGUGCUGUCCCCUCCGAGCCCGUGUCGCCGUCCCGUAGUAGUAGCACUACCUCCGCCGUCCCGCCUUGCUCCGGCACGGCUGGGGGCAGCAGCGACGCCUCCAGAUCCUUCACAACCAGCAGCACUGCGCCCCCGCCCCCGUCGCCCCACAUCAGUGCCAGUCACCCCAAGAUCAAGACCAACGGCUCUCUGCCGCGCCACCACGCCGCCGCCCACGAGGAACCCUCCACUGUGACUGCGUCGCUCCCGCGGUACAAUUCGCCCGAGCCGCUGGUGGUCGCUGUGUCAGAGCACCCAAGCGCCCCCGUCACCCACCAAGAAGUCAGCGAAUACAUGGACGGCGAGUCUCCCGCCUCUGUUCCUAUUCCAGGAGCUGCAGGGCCCUCCCCGGGCGCCCGCAGCGAGCCGGCGCCCAUGAAGAGUCGCGGCUCAGCGCCGCCGACAGCGACAUCUGCUGCUUUGACGUUGGCCGGCAGCGGCAUGUCGGGCUACUCGCUGGACGCCCUGGACAUCUUCCACUACAACCUCGCCCCGCCCCCGCAGCCCGCCGUGGCCCUGCGCCGCCAGAUGAGUCUGCGCGUCACCAGCUCGCAUCUGCCGCUGACGCCCGACUCCGUCUCCGGCCGCCGCUUUGCCCACUGCCUACAGUGUAUCGCGGAACUGAAGCGGCAGCUGCAGGAGCUGGACGUGCAGCAGUCGGAGAUGGUGAUGGAGCUGGAUCUGGAGCGGGCCUUGCUGCAGGAAGAGUGUCAGCGCGUGCUGCACACCAGCCAGUCCCAGAGCAACACCACCAGCCGGCACCCGGCGCACCUCUCCUCGGCCGCCGCCGAGCUGGGCCAGCUGAAGAGCAGUCUGCAGGCGCUGGAGACCGACCUCAGCAGCGGCCAGCGCCGCCUGCGGAUGCUGCAGCAGCAGCAGGGCGACGCCUGGGAGACCGCCGACGCCGUGGCGGUCCUCCGGGAGGAGCUGGAGUCCAAACGGCGCCACUACGAGAACCUGGAGUAUCGCAUCUUGGAGGCCGAGCUGGCGUUGGAGGAGGAACACAACGGGGAGGUGCUGGAGGGCGGCGGCGUGGUGGAGUCGCGCGAGGUGCUGGUGCUGAACGCGCAGAUGAAGGCGCUGUACGACGAGACGCAGCGCCAGACCGACAGGCUCAGCGCGCGCCGCCGCCUCCUGCUGGAGCAGCUGCAGGCGCAGUACGCCGUGCUGCAGCGCAUCAACGACCACCCCGUCUCCCAAUCGUCGAGGACGCUUCCGGGGCGUUCGCGGGAAGUGUCGCGAGAAGUGCCGAUUAUCCUAGACACACCGGCCACCUCGUCGCAAGUCAGUCCGGCGUCCGUCGCGGACCCGGUUCCGUUGCGCAUCAACCGCCCGUUGACGCGCUACCUGCCGCAGUGGGACAAGGAGGUGGAUCUGGAGGAGUACCUGGAGUCGUGCGGGCACAACCUGGAGCUGUGCGGCCAGUUCGUGCAGCUGACGGCGGGCAGUCUGGCCGGCUGGCUGUCCAAGCUGUGCGGCCGCUUCGCCAUCUACCGCAAGCGCUGGUUCCGGCUGGACUGCCGCCAGCGCACCCUCACCUACGCUAAGAGCAAGAGUCAGCGUGCCGGUCGCGUCGUGCUGGGCUUCGAGCACAUCGAGGACGUGUUCGUGGUGCACGACGACGCGGGGAGUGGGAAGCGCGGGGAGCCGGGCAGUCCCGGGCGCGGCGCCAGCACCUUCUGCCUGGCCACGCUGCAGCGCCGCUUCUACCUGCGCGCGCCCAACGCCGCCGUCAUGCGGCUGUGGGUGGAGGCGCUGAGCAUCGGGGCGGAAGGCAGCACCUCCGAUUACUGGCAGAACGCCUGACCAACGCGACGGCCCGGCGUUGGUCAGGCGCUACAGGCCCGCCAGUGCAGUUUGAAGAUCUUCAACGGGGUUAUUAUUUGUACCGUAUUUUGUCAUUUUUAAUUUCGUUUCAGUUUUUUUUAUAAUUGCGACACAUGACAGUUCUUUGUAGAAGUCGAUGUACAUAAUGUCAAGUUUUGUCUGCGUUUGCUCCGUGUAGUGCCUUGACUGCUGCACUAAUUACCGUGGUGGAUAGUGCAUGCCUUCCCUCGUCGCUUAAUCAGUACUGCAAUAAACUUUUUCUCCCGGAAAUUCCCUUGCUGUAGAGAGG